AUGUUUCCAUUUCUCGGUUCUCCUGUGAAAAUAUAUAGUAAUCCUGAAACUGUAAAAAUUAAUGUUCGAAACAAAGAAACAAAAGAAAUCAAUGAAAUUAAAUUGCUUGAUUACGUUUCGCAAAAAUGUCCUUCUCUAGUAGGAAAAAAUGCUGUAUAUUAUCCUACUUUUUGGCUUCUAAGUGGUCAUUUACAAACUGCGUAUGCUGCUUUUGCAAAUUUUGAUGGAAUUCAUUUAAUUAAUUAUGAAAGGCAAUUAGUAGAAACACCAGAUGGUGGUCAAAUCGCUGUAGAUUGGACUCCUCCAAUAUCUCAAAAACCUUUUGAUAAUACUCCGACAAUUGUUGUGUUGCACGGAUUAACUGGAGGGAGUCAUGAAUCCUACAUUAGAUGUCUACUUGAAGUUCUUAUAACUCCUCCUCAUAACUAUCGUGCUGUUGUGAUUAAUUUUCGUGGGUGUGCUGAAUCUCAAAUUACUUCCCCUAGGCUUUAUUCGGCCGGGGUUACUGAUGAUUUGCGAACUUGUUUGCGAUAUGUUCAAAAAUGUAUUCCGGAUUCACCGUUAAUUGCCGUUGGAUUUAGCAUGGGUGCUAAUGUUUUGUACCUUGGUGAAGAAGGCGAAAACACACCAUUGAUUGCAGCAGUAUCUGUUGGUAAUCCAUUUGAUCUCGUUGGGGGAUGCAGGGCCUUAGCACGAUCAUAUUUAGGUAAAUACGUAUAUUCUCCAUCUAUGGCAAAUAAUCUUAAAGUCUGCCUUAAAAGACAUGAGCAUAUUAUGAAACAAGAAAAGAAAAUCAAUAUUUCCAAUGCCAUGUUGUCACGCUCGAUUCGUGAAUUUGAUUCCCGCAUAACAUCUAAAUGUUUUGGUUACGAAACUGUGGAUCACUACUAUCGAGAUGCUAGCUCUUACUUUUAUGUUACUAAAGUGCGUGUGCCUUUAUUGUGCCUCAAUGCUGAAGAUGAUCCCAUUGUACCUACCGAAUGUCUCCCUUUUGAUGAGACAAUAUGGUGUAUAAAACCACUUAGUGAAUUUUGUAUUGCUAUAUUCGAGGCCAACGAUCCAAAUGUUGGACCAAAAGCAAUCUUAAAAACAAGCGAAGAUACAUCUUCAAGUGAAGAAAGUACUGCUGUUGAUAGUAAUUAA